AUUGAGAGCUUCUAGCAGUCCAGUUGACUUGAUUUUGUUGCAAAGGGAUGGCAAACCAGGGUGCGAAGAAACGCAAGGAAGAGAAUGCUCGUCACAUGAACAAGCUCCUUCGUUUCAUCAUAGGCUGCAACGUUAUAUACAUGUUGGUGAGGAUGCUUGUCUUUUAUUCAACUGUCACUUGGAAGCAUUGGGCCGGUCUCUUUGUCACAUCGCUGGCCUAUGCUUUUCCCUAUCAACAACUUGCCAAAAUGGCACAACCAACUUAUGCUGAUGAUGGAGAGCUUCUAGAUGGCGGGUUUGAUAUGAGCACUGGUGGAGUUUGUGGUUACUUGCAUGAUGUGAUCUACAUUACAAGCUUUGUACAGCUGAUGUCCAUCAUCUCCGGAAAAUUUUGGUUCACUUAUUUAGUGAUACCAGCAUUUGGUGCAUACAAAGUUUUUGGUGUUACAAAAGGACUUUUGUCUCAUGGCUCAGAGGGGACCAUGGAGGAUGAAAAGAGUCAUAAGAAAAGGGAAAAGAUGGAGAAGAAGGCUGCAAGAGGAAAAUUUAUUAAGGCGAGAAGCAAAUAAAUCUGCUUGAAAGAUUUAAUGGCUGCUCUCAAAACCAUUCCAAGAAAAUCAGUUUGGGCUGUCCUAUCCAGUGGAGACAAUUUUAACAACCAGCACGAUCAUCAUGAAGUUAUGAAACUGUUGGAUGAGAUAUACUUCCCCUAUUCUUAUUUGAAAGAGCCUUGGGGAUGAAAAUGCCUGAAGAAUUGAAUAUCGGUGGAGGCAAAAAUGAAGCCUGUUAACCUUUGGGUU